AUGCCUACGUCGAACUUCAAUCCAGAUGCAAUCCCAGAUUUGACCGGCAAGGUUUUUGUGGUCACAGGCGGGAAUGCAGGCAUCGGUAAAUCUACCGUCGUUGGUCUCGCCAAGCGUGGGGCUAAGGUUUAUAUGGGCGCUAGGAGUGAGGCAAAGGCAUUCGCCGCGAUUGAAGAGAUCAAAGGGCAGCUCCCUGAGGCGAGCAUUCAAAUUCUUCUACUCGACCUGGGUAGCUUUGGGAGCGUUGUUGCGGCUGCAAGAGAGGUGAAAAGUAACGAAACCAAACUUCAUGGGCUGGUCAAUAAUGCUGGGAUAAUGGGAGUACCUUAUGAGGUCACGACCGACGGAUACGAGUCACAAUUCCAGACGAACUAUCUUUCCCAUUGGCUUCUUACUUACCACCUCUUACCACUUCUUCUGUCGACGGCUCGAAGUACUGAUCCUGGCGGUGUCCGCAUUAUCAAUCUCACUUCAGAUGGACAUAGCCUUUUCCCGCCCAAGGAAGGGAUCAAAUUCGAUGAUAUCAAUCUCAAGUCAAGUUCUUCAAUGACACGAUAUGGUCAAUCCAAAUUGGCAAAUUUGCUACACUUGAAGGAGCUACAUCGGCGUUAUGGUCCUGCUUCGCAAGAUGAACCACAAGUCGGUGAGAUUUGGACUGCUGCAGUACACCCAGGACACAUUAACACUGAUCUCAAUCGACAGGCUACGGCUAGUGCGCCCUCUGCCAUACUUCGCAUUUUUACAUCUUUUGGAAGCUGUGUUGGAAUCCUGGCAACAGCAGAUAAGGGCAGCAUGUCGUCGCUGUUCGCUGUUGCUAGUAGCGACUUCAAGAGGAACGAUGCAGGGGGUUACAUUAUCCCAUAUGCGCGCAUAAGCACGCCCAGCGACCACGGGCAGAACUCAAAGCUAGCUUCGAAGUUAUGGGAUUGGACAGCGGAUGAAUUAGGCAAGAAAGGACUGCUAUGA